AUGACCGGAGACUCCCUCACAGCGGCAGGCCCACCAACACACCAUACCAGCCCCGGAGACUCCCUCACAGCGGCAGGCCCACCAACAUAUCAUACCAGCCCCGGAGACUCCCUCACAGCGGCAGGCCCACCAACAUAUCAUACCAGCCCCGGAGACUCCCUCACAGCGGCAGGCCCACCAACAUACCAUACCAGCCCCGGAGACUCCCUCACAGCGGCAGGCCCACCAACACACCAUACCAGCCCCGGAGACUCCCUCACAGCGGCAGGCCCACCAACACACCAUACCAGCCCCGGAGACUCCCUCACAGCGGCAGGCCCACCAACACAUCAUACCAGCCCCGGAGACUCACUCACAGCGGCAGGCCCACCAACACACCAUACCAGCCCCGGAGACUCCCUCACAGCGGCAGGCCUACCAACACAUCAUACCUGCCCCGGAGACUCACUCACAGCGGCAGGCCCACCAACACAUCAUACCAGCCCCGGAGACUCCCUCACAGCGGCAGGCCCACCAACACAUCAUACCAGCCCCGGAGACUCCCUCACAGCAGCAGGCCCACCAACACACCAUACCAGCCCCGGAGACUCCCUCACAGCGGCAGGCCUACCACCACAUCAUACCAGCCCCGGAGACUCCCUCACAGCGGCAGGCCCACCAACACACCAUACCAGCCCCGGAGACUCCCUCACAGCGGCAGGCCCACCAACACACCAUACAAACCCCGGAGACUCCCUCACAGCGGCAGGCCCACCAACACAUCAUACCAGCACCGGAGACUCCCUCACAGCGGCAGGCCCACCAACACAUCAUACCAGCACCGGAGACUCCCUCACAGCGGCAGGCCUACCAACACAUCAUACCAGCCCCGGAGACUCCAUCACAGCGGCAGGCCCACCAACACAUCAUACCAGCCCAGGAGACUCACUCACAGCGGCAGGCCCACCAACACAUCAUACCAGCACCGGAGACUCACUCACAGCGGCAGGCCUACCAACACAUCAUACCAGCACCAUGGACUCCCUCACAGCGGCAGGCCUACCAACACAUCAUACCAGCACCGGAGACUCACUCACAGCGGCAGGCCCACCAACACAUCAUACCAGCACCGGAGACUCACUCACAGCGGCUCAGAUGUAG